AUGGCCGACUGGGUAGCUACAUUUGCUAUCGGCCUCAUCUCUCACAACCAAGGCAAUUCAUCCGAUCGUGAAGCUGAAGCAAAUGGAGCAAUUAAGGCAUUUUGGGCCUCAUUUCUCUUGUUACAUUUGGGCGGUCCGGACACCAUCACUGCCUUCUCUCUAGAGGACAGCUCGCUUUGGCGACGACACCUGCUCAGUUUUAUCUUCCAAGUCGGUGCUGCCAUCUAUGUCUUUGUGCAGAUAUUUCCUAGCGACAAUUCGUUGGUGAUGCCAACAAUGCUUGUAUUUUUUGCUGGAGUCAUAAAGAAUGUGGAGAGAACACUGGCACUUAAUCUAUCAAGCCUCCCGAGGCUCAGGAAAUCGUUGAUGCCAGUGUCCUGGCCAUUUUAUGAUGAUCAUCAAUCCAGCGAGCUCUUUACGGAACUUAAUGCUCGAGGGGAAGAACAUUCUGACGAAGGAGAAGCAGAGCUUGCUGAGAGCAUUGUGGUAAAACAUGCUUACUACUUCUUUCCAAAAUUUAAGGUGUUCAUGGGAGAUCUCAUGUUCUAUAGAUUAGAACGCGAAAUGAGUCGCACAUAUUUCCAGAAUGUUUCUGCGAUAGACGCGUUGAGGAUGAUAUCAGUUGAACUCCAGUUUAUGUACGAGGUGCUCCACACGAAAGCAUUGGCAAUACAUUCCAAGUGGAGCUACAUUUUCCGCUUCAUAGCCUUCACUGACCUUGCGCUGGCUUUCGUCUUGUUUAAUCGCUUGAAGAAGCACCAGCUCCCCGAACCUGACGUGGAAAUUACUUAUUCCCUCCUAUUCGGGGGGAUGGCUCUUGAUGCGAUAGCUCUAUUCAUGCUCAUUUUUUCCAAUUGGACUCUUGCCAAAAUCAAGUGGUACAAAACAAGAUCGUCCAAGCUAGAGUCAUAUCUCCACAAAUUGGUAGCUGCCACAGAUUACCUGAGGAAGCCCCGAUCCACCACAUGCAAAGUAGAGCUUGGUGCCAAUGCUAUGUUUGCGGCCUUAGAUACACCAUUCACAUUUCGAAGGUGGUCAGAAUCCAUCUCUGCUUGCAACCUUUUAUCCAAGUCGUUGAAUGAGAGCCCGAGAAAGAUUUAUAAGCUCGGUCGGAGCUGGGGCAUCGUCGACGUUUCUAACAUUUGCAGUAUUCCGUUGCGUACUGCCAAGAAAAUCGUCUCUUGUUUCCAUCAAGUUAGGGAGAUAUGCUGUCGUCCAAGGAAAAUAGUAGUGAUUGCGAAUACGGAGUACGUGUCCAAGAAUCCCUUUAUUAGGAAGCUAUGGAUCUUUAUCUUUAAGGAGGUUAAGCGUAAAUCCAUGAAUGCAGAAACUCCAGCAGAAGUGAAGAAGACAUUUGAGGCCAGAGGUGAUCUGUUUCUCCAGAGCACACUAACUGUGGAAAUUUGUGGCGAAUUUUUAGCUCAUGUGACCGAGACUAAUUACGACAACAGCAUUAUAUGUUGGCAUCUCGCAACCGAGAUAUGGUACAACAAAGAGAAGCGGAGAGCUGGAGAUGAGGAAAGGGAAUUCAGCAAGAUCCUCUCCGACUACAUGCUGUAUCUUUUGCUUAAUCAAAAUAAUGUGGUGUCCGUGGUGGCCGGCGUUGCCCAAAUGACCUCAGUAGCCGCGAUGGUCCAUCUUGUGUUCCAUGGGAGCCGUAAUGUGGAGGAGUUAUGCGAGCAAUUGUAUGCAAUUCCUCCUAAUACAUCCGGCUGGCCAACCGCAGUUCUGGAGGGGUGCCAAUUGGCCCAAAAGAUGGAAGGGCUCGGGGAUGGGAAGUGGAAGGUGAUGAGCGGCGUGUGGGUGGAGAUGCUGUGUUAUGCAGCAAGCCAUAUCAGGGGAGAGGCGCACGUGCAGGUGCUGAGCAAAGGCGGAGAGCUUCUCGCCUUUGUUUGGCUGUUGAUGGCUCAUUUCGGUUGUUUCUACAAACCUGGAUGGGGCAUUCAUCGUAUUCGUGAGCACAGAAGACUAAGAUGGUACUAA